UAAAAGAUGUAGAAGAAGGAGUUAAAAGAGAAAGCAGUGAUAGUUCACCUAAUAUUUGUUGAAUUUUCGUGUGGUUAGUUUUAAACCCGGGGUUAACAGAGCAGUGAUCUUUGUCGUCCAACUUAAAUAAAAAAAAAAAAAAAGAUUUUACGCAUUUGCGAACACCGCGUAGGGUCGCUCUGCCUCAGAUGAAUUGAACUUUGACACACUAACCAGUGCACCGAGGCUGCUUGAGAGAAAGGCAGGCUCACUCUGAAUUGAGCUUCAGUUAAUUUAGCUGUUCUUCGGCGUACGGCUAACAGACUUGCAGAACUCAAGAUGACCUCCAGGAAAAUGGUCGAGUUGUUCUACGACGUGGUGUCCCCAUACUCCUGGCUCGCCUUUGAGAUCAUGUGUCGCUACAGGAACGUGUGGAACAUAGACCUCAAACUGCGACCUGCAUUUUUGGGUGGCGUCAUGCAGGCAUCAGGUAACAAACCUCCUGGCGUGGUUCCCAACAAAUUCAUGUACAUGACCACCGAUCUCCACCGUUUGGGAGACUAUUUUGAUGUCCCUUUGAAGCCACCAGCUGAUCCCUUUAAAGCAAUGUUUGAAAAAGGCUCCCUGACAGCAAUGCGAUUUGUGACAGCAGUGCAAGAGAGGGAGAAAGGUGGAGACGAGCAGGUGGAGAAGGUUUCCCGUGAGCUGUGGAAACGCAUCUGGAGUGAAGACAAAGACAUCACAGAACCUGCAUCACUGUCUGAGGCAGCAAUGAAAGCAGGAUUUUCUGGCAGCGAGAUCGAGGAAAUACUGAAGUUGUCCACCUCGAAGGAAGUCAAAGACAAGCUUAAAAAUGCAACACAGGGUGCACUAAAUUAUGGGGCAUUUGGCUUCCCCAUGGUGGUGUGUCAUGUUGAUGGAAAGCCACUGAUGUUUUUUGGAUCUGACAGAUUUGAGCUCAUGGCCCAUUGCAUUGGGGAGAAGUGGCUAGGGCCAAAACCUGAUCACGCAACUGCCAAGCUGUGAGAUGAGAGCUGCCUUCAUGCUCUGUUGAUUUGCUCGGUGACUGGAAUACUAUUAUUGAUUUUUCCAUAACACUUCAUGAUCCAUAUUUUUUAAAUAUGUGCCUUCUGAAAACAAGCUGUUUAUUUCCAAUAAGCCCACAAGAACUAAUCGCUGGUGCAAAUAAUGUAACAUAACUGUGCUGCCAUGACAAUUUACAGAUAAAAAGCAGGUUUGUUUUUCCUGUGAAACACAAAGGUGUGAUUGUUUUUAAGCUACUGUUUAUGUUGUGGGUACAAAAUUAAAAUGCACAUUGUAUUAAUCUGAUAUAUUUAGUCUUGCAUGUGAUGUUGCUCCAUAAUUUGUGAAACCAUCAGUGAAAUAUAUUGGUCCAAGCAGAUGGCACUCAUGGUCCAAAGAAAGGGGUGUUGUUGGUUCUGAAAAGGGGAAAAACUAAUCUUUAUACUGACUGGAAAACUAAGGCCGUCCGUUCCUUUAGUGGGAAGAUUUCUCUCUGUGUUAGAGUUAUUAUAUUUUAUCGGUUGUGUUGCUUGUAAGUUAAACCUCAGAAAUUUUCUAAAAAGUAAUUGGAUAUCCUAAUUAAACAAAUGAGGUGUCAAACAUA